UGGAUCAUCGAUCCAAGACGGCAAAAACCUCGCUGGGAGUGUGGCCAUGCUUGGCCGCGGCCGUGCCAUAAUGCCGAGGCCAUCGGGCUCUUCGGCGCUGUUGAACUCCGUGAGAGCUCUGUAAGCACAUGCUAACUUUAGAUACAAAUCUUGGGGAUCUAUUACCCACAGCAUACAACAUACAAAGUUCCAAGUUUAAAAGCGCACUCAGACCCGGAGAACGAGUCGCGCCUCCCUUUUAAUUGUAAGGCUGGCUAAUCGAAAUAUAUUUUUUCUAUAUUCACCAUCAGGCCCUCAGUCCGCUCACUGAGCUCAGUCGGUCUCCUCCCAAGUCUACCUUUCAAGAUUCCGUGUCUCAGAGCGAGGACCUUUGCCACAUCAUCUAGUAGAAUCGGACCAUCCGCAUUACACACAGCAUCAUCAGCAUCAUCAUCAUCAUCUCCCCUCCGCCGCGCGCGAUUCGCGGCAAAGCGGCACAUUAUCGCGGGUGCUACGCUCCUCCUGACUGGCUCAUUCGUCGUCCCCGCCGCCCUGCUCUUGACCACCCGAACCAUGUCGUCGAAACUCAUCCCACCAAACCCGGACGAGGUCAUGGUCAUCCGCGACGUUACCCCCAACGUCGUCACCUUCUCGGUCCCCUUCCUCCGCUACGGCCGCUUCCCCAUCGGAGGCCGCGGCACCCUGGUCCGCCUCUCCUCCGGCGGCCUCGCCGUCUUCUCCCCCGUCGCCCUCACCGAGGCCGCCAAGGCCAAGGUCGCCUCCCUCGGCGGCGACGUGCGCUACCUCGUCGCUACCGACAUCGAGCACCACAUCUUCCUCUCCGACUGGGCCGCCGCCUACCCGAACGCCAAGCUCGUCGGGCCCGAGGGGCUCCCCGAGAAGCGGCGCAAGUCGAGCGACCCCAAGAUCGGCAAGGAGCCCUUCGCCACGGUCGUGACCAGGGAGAACGGCAGGGACGCCCGCGCCGUCGGCGACGACUUCGCCGCCGACUUCGACAUGGAGUACGUCCACGCGCACCCGAACAAGGAGCUCGUCUUCUUGUACCGGCCCGACAGGGUCCUGAUCGAGGCCGACCUCAUGUUCAACCUCCCCGCCGAGGAGCAGUACUCGCGCGUGCCCGAGAACCAGAAGCCCCGCGGCGGCUGGCUCGUCAGGAUGUUCAACAGCUUCCAGACGACCCACGGCGACGCCCUCGGCAUGAAGAGGUUCCUGUGGUACGUCGCCAGCAGCAGGGACCGCGGCGCCUUCAACGAGAGCGUCGCGAGGAUCGCCAAGUGGGAUUUCGACACCAUCAUUCCCUGCCACGGGGAGACCAUCAUCGGCGGUGGCAAGGCCCUGUUCGAGAAGGUGUUUGCAUGGCACCUAAAGGGGAAGGGGGCGAGGAAGUCAUAGUUUGGCGUGCCAACUUGAUUUCUUCGAAAGAGGGGGAAAAUAAAAAAAUAAAAAAUAAAAAAUAAAAAAGCAGACGAAUGAAGGAUGUUGGGAGUCCUUGAACAACCUAGCUGGGGCACGGGAGUCAAACGCCACACUACCUGCGCUGAUCACACCGGAAACUCUAUGUAUGUACGUACAAAGUUGGAGG